AUGCUGGAAUCCAUUCAUAAUCAAGAGACAGACCUUUCCAGCAGUGACUCGGAAUUUUCUCGUGAUAGGUCUGGUAUCGACAGUCUUGCAACUAGCCAUAAGUCAAGAACACAAGAUGAAAUGGAUGAAGAAACAAAGAGAGAGAUUAGGGACUUAGAGCUGAUAGAGCAUGAAGCGGUAAAUAUUUCAUACAUUCAGAAAGAAGAUCUAGGGAAGAGCAAAAAUAAUUUAUCUAAGUGGGCAGCAAGACUUGAAUUAGAAUCUAUAACGUUAAAAGAAACAGUCAAGAAAGAUGUAAAUCAAAUUUUGAAGGAGAACUGUAUGCUGUUGCAGAACUCUUAUAGCGACAUGAGUACCAGAUUGGAUAAGCUAGAGGCACUGAUUGGCACGUUGAUAGGUAUUCAAAGGGAUAUAAAGGGGUCUUCAAAACUGAACUGUCAAGACUUGGUGUACCAGCCCAAUGUGAUACACGAUUUAUUGAAGCUGAUCUCCACCAAGGCCACACAGAUCGAAGAUUUGUCAAAGCGAGACCGGUCAACAAAACUCAAACUGGUUAUGGAAAACGUCUUUAGCCAGUUUUCAGCAUCUUUGAUACCUCAAAGUACGUUUAAUCAAGGCAUCGAAAAGCUUCAAGCACAAAUAAAAGAAAUGAGGAACACACUUGAUUCAUACCAGAGUCAGCAAGGUUUGAUGAUGUUAGCAUUAGGCGGUCUUGAUGAGAAGAUAGUCACUGGAUUCAAUGAAGGAAAGGGAUCAAUGGAGGACAUGUCCAAAUUAAUUGCAAAAGAUCAAAAGCUUAGUAGCACCAAAUCGACAGGAAAAUCUAAAGGACCAAAGGCUGAAAGAAACGAUGACCACACUCAUAUUUCUAAUGAGCUCCAAAAUAUUAAAGAAUUUUUAAAAUUGCUUCUUCCAAAAGUUGUGGGGCUCAACGACUCCUAUAGAAAGCUUUCACUUGAUUACCAAAUAUUGACACUCAAAGAAAAUGGAGCAAACUCAACCCCAAACGCUACCAUUGCUGAUAAUUCCACAGAUCUGGAGAAAAAUUCUGGUGUAACCAAGAAGCGGAAAUUGCGCCUGACUGCAUUAUAG